AUGGCAGGUUUGCCCAGGGAUAGAACAAGGAAUGUGGAAGAUCAGGCCUUUGUAACACUCACCACAAAUGAUGCCUAUGCCAAUGGAGCCCUGGUCCUGAGUUCAUCUCUGAAACAGCACAGGACCACCAGGAGGCUGGCCGUGCUCACCACUCCAAAGGUUGUGGACUCUAUGAGAAAAAUUUUAGAGACAGUCUUUGAUGAGGUCAUCACAGUAGAUGUCCUAGACAGUGGUGAUUCUGCUCAUCUACCCUUCAUGAAGAGGCCCGAGUUUGGUGUCACAUUAACAAAACUGCACUGGUGGUCACUUAUACAGUAUUUAAAAUGUGUGCUCAUGGAUGCAGAUACUCUGGUUCUAGCAAACAUUGACGAUCUUUUUGAGAGAAAAGAACGGUCAGCAGCACCAGACCCAGGGUGACCUGACUGCUUUAAUUCUGGAGUCUUUAUUGAUCAACCUUCAGUUGAAACAUACAAUCAGCUGUUGCAUAUUGCUUUAGAGAAAGGUAGCUUUGAUGGUGGGGAUGAGGGUUUACCGAACACAUUUUUUAGCAGCUGGGCCACAACAGAUAUCAGAAAACACUUGCUAUUUAUUUAUAACCUAAGCAACAUUUCUAUAUAUUCCUACCUCUCAGCAUUUAAAGCAUUCAGUGCAAAUGCCAAAAUUGUGCAUUUCCUGGGACAAAUCAAACCAUGGAAUUAUACUUAUGAUUCCAAAACAAAAAGUGUGAAAAGCGAUGCCCAUAACACUACCAUAAUUCAUCCAGAGUUUCUCAAUAUGUGGGACAUCUUCACCACUAACGUUUUACUGCUACUUCAACAUGGCUUUGUCAAAGAGUCCUUCUCAUGCCAAAAGGUGGAACAGACCUUGGCAGCCAUAUCACAUCUUUCCCUUGGGGAGGUCACACCUGCACCACAGCCUUUUUUAUCCUCAGAAGAACAGAAGGAGCAGUGGAAACAGGGCCAGGCUGAUUACUUGGGAGCAGAUUCCUUUGACAACAUCAAGACGACACUUGACACUUACCUCCAGUAG